AUGGCACCGACGAAAGUGAUAAUUGUUGGCGCAGGCUGGUUUGGAUUGGUCACAGCAAAGACCUAUCUCGAAGUCGACCCCACAGUUGAGCUCACAAUCUUUGAGCGCGCCAGCGCCGUCGGUGGCCCCUGGAGCCGCGAUAGAAUCUACCCAGGCCUUACCGCUCAGCAGCCCUUUGGCGUACUCGAAUACUCUGACCUCCCUCUUGAGACUCCACUGGGCAUGUCAUCUGAUGCCUUCAUACCCGCAGAGAUGUUGUGCACCUACAUGGAAGACUACGCACGAAAGUUCAAGUUACUUGACCGCAUUAAAUUGUCCCAUGAGAUACAGGCAAUCGACAGGGCCCACAACAAUUCUGGGUGGAGUGUAGAGUAUCAAGGCCCCAAUGAUAGAGGGAUAGCUUAUUGUGAUAAGUUGAUCCUGGCAACGGGGACAACAUCCCAGCCUUUCGUUCCAGACUUAGAGGACACUGGAUUUACUGGCCUGAAAUUCCAUUCACAGAGUCUAGGCGCCGAACUGGAGCGCCUCGCUGCACCUGAGGUAGAGCGUGUUCUAGUAUAUGGUGGUGGUAAGUCAGCGCUGGAUGUAGUGAGCACUUGUGUAAAUCUGGGUAAGCAUGUGUAUUGGGUUAUUAGGAAAGACGGGUCUGGUGCCCCGUCGCUGAAGCCGAGCCAUUUAUUUGGUCAGAAUACAGAUACUUUCAUCGGAAGCCGAUAUGCGUCAAAGUGGCACCCUAACGUAUUUGCUCGUAAGGGGUGGUGGUAUUGGUUUUUACAUAGUGGGAAGAGUAGAUUUGGGUACUGGCUGCAGUGGGCGUAUUGGGGACUGGUAUCUUCAAUUAUGAAUAGUCAAUGGGGGUAUGAGAAAAGUCGUAAUCUGAAGAUGCUUAAGCCAGAUGUGCUAGAUCGAAGUAUCUUUUGGGAAAAUACACAUUCGUGUAUAGUAACUAAGCCAGAGAUUCUAGAUGUUCUCCACAAAGGCGAGAAAGUCACAGUCUACAGGGCAGGAAUUGAGUCGCUUUCAGGGCAGUCAAAGGUGACAUUGACAGACGGCACUGAAGUCGAGGUAGACGCCCUCAUUUUCGCUACAGGCUGGAACACCAUAGUGCAGGAUCCCUCCCGCUCUGAUUCUAUAUCCCCCGGAUGUUUGCGAGUUUUAUCCGCCGCUCACCUCGGCCUUCCAUAUCCCAAAGAUUACUACCCCAAGGAACUUAGUCAGAAGUGGAGGAGUUUGGAUCACGAAGCAGAGCUUAGGGUUAGUGAGCUAUUCCCGCGACUAGCAUCACCGCCACCCUCUUAUAGGGUCCCAGAUAUACCACACACCCCGUUUCGCCUCUACAACUGUAUCCUCCCAACUGCGCUCUACAAAAGUAAUGAUAGAUCAUUUGUUUUUGUCGGUGCUAUCGGGACGGGGUAUACGGCCAUUAUAUCCGAAGUCCAUGCAUUGUGGGCUGUGGCUUGGAUGACGGGGAAGUUGGAAUUGAAAAUCUCAGCGAAGGAAAUGGAGAAAGAGGUGGCAUUACUAGAUAUAUGGAUAAAAAAACGGUACCUGACAGCUGGAGAGAAGAUCCCAUAUAUAUUGUAUGACUUCUUGCCCAUGAUUGAUAUUAUGCUGAAGGAGUUAUCCUUAAAGAGUAACAGGAAGAAGGGUUUUUUGAGAGAAUUUUUUGGGCUUUAUCGUCCAAUCGACUAUAAAGGUUUGGUUGAGGAAUGGAAGGCAAUUCAUGGUGUUUGA